GCUGUAACCAAACUCAAAACGUGCUCCUCCUCUACCAUACCAUAAUGACCACCAAAAACCAAGAUGAAUCCGACAAAGACAGCACAACAACCUCUUCUUCAACAAUAACAACAAUGCCUGAAUAUUCUAGUCGUCGUAGUUGGCUAAGUAGCACAAAUCUCAGCAGCAUUAGUAGUCGUCGUAGUUCAGUAUCCUCCACAACAGAACUUUCAUUUUUUUCAUCAAAUUCACAUAAACCACACAAAUCAAACCAAGUCCCUUGGGAACUCAUAAAACGGGUCCGGGUUGAGUCGGGUCGAAUCGGGUUGGAGCAUUUCAGGUUACUACGUCGGGUUGGAGGUGGAGAUUUAGGAAGUGUUUAUUUAUGUGAGAUUAGGAAUCCUGUUGUUGGUUUGCCACAGUGUUAUUACGCUAUGAAGGUUGUGGAUAAAGAAGCAGUUUUGAUAAGGAAGAAAUUGCAAAGAGCGGAAAUGGAGAAGGAGAUAUUAGGGAUAAUUGAUCAUCCAUUUCUGCCAACUUUAUAUGCUCAAUUUGAAGCUAAGCAUUACUCGUGUUUAGUUAUGGAGUAUUGUCCUGGUGGUGAUUUGCAUGCCCUCCGCCAACGGCAGCCCGGAAAACGCUUCAGCAUUAACUCUGCUAAGUUUUAUGCUGCAGAAAUACUUUUGGCACUAGAAUAUCUACACAUGAUGGGAAUUGUAUACAGAGAUCUAAAACCAGAAAAUGUCCUAGUAAGAUCAGAUGGUCACAUUAUGCUUUCAGAUUUUGAUCUCUCUUUUAAAUGUGAGGAAGUUGUUCCAACACUCAUAAAGUUCAAAACCAAAACCAUUGUCAAAACCCCAAGAAAUUCUUAUUGUGCUAUGCCAAUUCAACCAGUUCUAUCCUGUUUCUUAUCACAAAAAACAGAACAAAAACUUGAAAUCCAAGAAACAAAUCAAGAAGUUGUUGCUGAACCUAUAAAUGCUCGGUCAAAAUCAUUCGUUGGCACACACGAAUAUUUAGCCCCCGAGGUUAUUUCCGGGCAGGGUCAUGGCAGUGCAGUAGAUUGGUGGACACUAGGAGUGUUUUUGUAUGAACUUAUUUUUGGUACCACGCCUUUUAAAGGCGAAAACAACGAGAAAACUCUCAUCAACAUACUGAAAAAGCAGCUAACUUUCCCAAGAAUCGCGAUAAGUAGUGCCAAAGAGUACGAAGAAAUGGUGAAAGUUCAAGAUUUGAUUUGCAGAUUACUUGUGAAAAAUCCCAAGAAGAGAAUUGGGAGUUUAAAAGGUUCUGUUGAAAUCAAGAAGCAUGAGUUCUUUAAAGGUGUUAAUUGGGCUUUGAUUAGAUCAAUUAAACCACCAGAAGUACCAAGUGAUUCGGUGAAAAUGAGGGGUGUUAGAGGAGUUGUUCCAAAGUUGAGCAAGAAACAAAGGGAAGAACCUUACCAGAUCCCUCAGCAUUUUGAUUACUUCUAAACAUUGUAAAUAAUUAGGGUAAUUAGUUUUAACAGGAUAGCAAGUUGUAAUCAUGUAUGACAUGAAGUAGAGAGCUAGUUGUUUUCAAUAUAGAUGUUUCUCUUUUUUCUCCUUUUACCUUUUGUUUCUUUUACCCCUCAUGUUCAGAGCUUUCAAGUUGUAUAACCUGAUCAUAAACAUUAUGUUGUCCAUUUACUAACUAUAAUAGAAUAGAUGACUUGAUGAUCAUA